CCAGCCAUAGAAGCUUGCGGUGCGCAUUUAGCAGCUUUUGCGCCAUUUGUAUAGGAAUUGGAAAGGUGAUUUAUGAGUGCGGCUGAUUUUUUUUAAUAAUUAAUAGAUUAAUAAUCCCUAACUACCAGAUAAUUAUUAGCAACCUAUUAACUAGCAGAUUCUCUCGGCCAAUAGCAAUCACUUAAGAUAAUUCUUAAGUUAUGAGGCUUAAGGACCUGAACCUAGAGCUUCUUUUCCUCUUCUAUUAACGUCAUUGUAUACUUCACUUGUAGACGUAGUGAAAUAAGAGAGAAUGUAUUUCGUUGAAUAAUAGAUAAAAUACAUAUUUCUACAUGUAUCAUACAAAUAUUAAAAUAUUUCAUUCACAAAUUCCUUUAGCGUUUAAUUUACGGAUUCGGCUAUUUUGAAUGAUAAACGAAUUGAGUGCGAGUGAAGUUGUGAGCUGAGUGAAGUUGUGAAGCUUGCAAACCCGCCCCAAGGCUUAGGAAGUAUUCUGCAAGAGGACAACAUGGGUAUCACUUUCGAGCGACGUGUAGUCGCGGACUCUUCCUCUCCUCCCAACCUCUCGACGCCCCCCUUGUAAUCUCUUUCUUUGGCCUUCGGCCUCAUGAAAUGCAAAAAAAAAAAACUAAAAAAAAAAACUCAUGAGGUCAUUAAUGAGCAAAUUUAGAGCGAGAACCAAUAUUUUUUUUUAUUAAGGCAAAGCACAAAUCAAUAUUUCAAUAAACAAUCUAAAUUUGAAUUAGUUCAUACUCGGACUUAUCUCGACUCAUUUGCUAAGUCUCUCUAUGCAAAUUUGUGUUUGUAAAACGAUACCCGUAUCCAUGGUUCAAUCGAAAAAGUCAAUUACAAAAAUCUAAGGAUCGUUUUGUUUUUGUGAUUGUUUGAUUGAGAUAGUUACAAUGCAUUUUUUUUUUUGAAUUUCCUGCACUUGAUGUGAUGGAAACUAUCACUCAAAAUAAGUGAUAGUAGUACUGUCUCUAUUAAAACUUGAGAUUGUUGAGAUUGUUUUGAGGAGAUUGUUUGAUAUAUAUAUAUAUAUAUGGUCUCAUAAAAGCAAUGACAAAAAUGAUAUUUCUCAUAAAAAAUAAUAUAACAUGUUGAAUACUAAAAGAACUAUCACCAAAACCAAACAAUGUAAAGUACAUUACAUUAUUUUCCUAAAUUAUUUUUCUAAAUUGCAUGUAUAUUACAAUUGACCACAAGACAUUGAUUUAAGGCGGAUAUUUUUGGGUAAAAAAGGUGGAUAUUUUUGGCAGAAUGACACGGCUAUACAAUCCUCCACGAAACCCAAAUAUAUAAUGGUCACACGUUCAGCGAUGAGUAUUGAGAAUAAUCCAACCCGUUUCAAUCUUCAGUUAUCUCUCGAGUGCCUGAUCUUAGAGGUGGAACCACAGGUUUCCAUGCUCGCGUCGUCACUCCACUGCUGUAGCUGCUGGGUGUAGAAAUAAUCAGGUAAGUUGCCCUUAUCUUCCUUCUCUUUACCCCUCUCCGGUUUCACCUCUCCCGGCCACUCGCGAAUUGCUUGGAUGGGUUUCUCGUCCAUCUGCUUGAACUCUCUUGUUCAAUGACGAGUAGACAAAUUGGGUGUCUGUUCUUGUAAUUCUGUUGCUUUCCUUUUCAAAUCGAUAUGGCUAUUGCUAGAAGCCUAUAACUAGCUUUUUGACCUGAUCAUGUAGGGCUAGCUUAAUUUUUGGAGACACCGUGACUGGGAAAACAUGGAACAGUCUCAUCAUAUCCACUUGCUGUUGUUGUUGUUGCUGAUCACCACAUCACUUGUUGCUCCCUCACAAGCUUCUGUGGGAAAUGGCCACACCAUCAAGUCUGCCACUUUUCUGUCACCAAAGUUUGUGUUAGGGCCAGGAUCAGUGGAGAACAACUUCUUUUACAACAUUGAUUUCCCUAGAGGCCACAUUGGUCUCAAGAGUUUUGAUGCAGAAGUUGUGGAUGAAGCCGGUAAUUCCGUCCCUCUCUACGAGACUUACCUUCAUCACUGGCUUGUUGAGAGAUACCAUGCCCCCAGGGAGAAGGCUAGGGAUCCUAAUCUUAGUGGGAAGGAUGUUACUUAUGUAAGGAAUGAUGGGUUCUGUCAGAAUGGGAUAAAUAGACAGUCGAAUGGUCUUGGCUCGGAGACUCGUAGGACAUCAACAUAUGUUCCGGAUCCUUAUGCAAUCCAAGUUGGAAAUCCUGCUGAAAUUCCUGCUGGGUAUGAAGAGGGUUGGAUGCUUAAUGUUCAUGCUAUUGACACGAGGGGUGCCGAAGACCGGUUGGGAUGCACAGAGUGCCUCUGUGAACUGUACAAUACCUCAGGAGUUACUGGAUUUUUGCCCAAUGAUUAUAGAGGAGGUCUGUUUUGUUGCUUUGGGCACACGGAGUGCAGGGUUGAACAAGGUUUUGUGGCUCCAAGGAGAAACCUGUACCUUCGUUAUACUGUGAAGUGGGUUGAUUGGGACAUUGGGGUUCUCCCUGUCAAGAUCUACAUAUUCGAUGUCACUGAUACCGGUAAAAGGAACGGUGGUUCCACAGGGUUCGGUCCAGAAAAUGGUUGCCAGAUUGAGUAUGACAUUGAGCCGUGCAGGGCUCAUGGGUGGUGUGUCGAUGUGAAAAGGAGGAACUUUACAAUGCCAUCCGGUGGUUAUAUCGUCUACAGCGUUGCUCAUCAGCAUACUGGAGGGAUUGGUUCAACUCUGUAUGGAAAGGAUGGACGAGUUAUAUGCCAUUCAGUUCCAAUUUAUGGAACUGGAAACGAGCCUGGGAAUGAAGAUGGUUAUAUUGUAGGCAUGACUACUUGUUACCCGAAGUUUGGAUCAGUGAAGUUAGCAGCUGGAGAAGAGCUGAUUCUGGAAUCUAACUACACUUCUACCAGCGAGCGAGGCCAUACCGGAGUGAUGGGACUUUUCUACAUUUUGGUUGCGGACCAAACUUCAUCAGCCUUCCCUUUCUUGGGCGCUCCUUUUUCCAUAGGUGAUUAUCUGAGCUUGAGUUCAUGGUAUGUUGUAGCUCUGUUUGGACUAAUGGCAGUGGCCAUUGGUGUUGGAGUGUUGUCUUUCGCGAGGAAGGAGGGGGCUGAAAGCGGUUACCACCGCGUUAUGGCCUAGUUCUACGGUACAGUUGUUGUAAUUGUACGCAUUAGAUUGCGAAGUAUAGCAUAUAGCCAUAUACGCAACAAGAGUCGAAUAAUCGAUGAAGGAGAUGGGAGUGGACUAGUAGCAUAUUCCACAAUUGUAUGUUGAAAGAGCUGCCAUUCAGAUCAAAGUGGAUCUGGGUAUACAGGCAAAACAGCAGAAGUCUCGGCGGAAAGGCUCGGAGUCGGAAAUGGUACUGCUUAAGGUGAUGGCGCUGGGAGUAGAUCCACCAUGCAUGAGCCAAGAUGAGAUUUUCUUGUAUCACAAGUUAUUCUAGGGUUUCAGAUUCCGCUAGUUUGGAGGAGGUCAAAUGGCACCAAUAUGGUAUGCUCGAAAGAUAUUAUCCAAACUAUGGUCACUGUAUAGAUAUUUACAAGAAUAUUGUGCUAUUGUAGCGUUUUAUAUCUAUAUUCGUGCAGGAAAGCGUGAGAACUUAAAAUGAAAUACAGUUGUACCUCAGAAAAAAAUGAGAUUUAUCUGUGCAAACUGCAAAACCAUGCAUUUUGUUUCAAUUUUUAGUCCAGUGAUGAUGGAUGUCCACAAAAUACAACAUUUAGCAAAACACAAUUCUCUAUUUCUCAAAAUACUAGAGUUGAGAUGUUUGCUUGACUCUUGAAUGAACAUUUGCUCUGGUU